UCUGCCGACUAACUUGCUGGGACUGUACCGCUGACGCUUGGAGCCUUGUAGCCUGCCUCUGUACUUUACUCUUUGGACAUACACAGCAUCGUUAAAGUCCCAUCACUGAGAUUUACAAUGGCCUCUUCUCUCUGCGCCGCCAUGGUCUUCUCCAUCAUUCUCGCUGUGCUCCUGCACGAAGGAGCUGGACUGCCUGUGUCUAAGGGUGAGGUCCAGUCCUCUGACCCAUCACCACCACAUCGGGUCAGAACCAAACGCUGUUCCUGCAGCAACUGGAUGGACAAGGAGUGCAUCUACUUCUGCCACCUGGACAUCAUCUGGGUUAACACACCAAGUAAAACCACCCCAUAUGGCCUGGGCAGCCCCUUGUCUCGCCGGCGCCGCUCUACAGGUCGCUGCGAGUGCAACAGCCCCAACGACCACACCUGCAACAGCUUCUGCCACAACAGCUCAGAAAACCCUGCCCUUGUGAUAGUGAGCCAACAGGGUCUGCUUCCCAAGACCAUGCGUAACCCAGGCAACGACCUCGUGACCUUUCUCAGGCAGGUGGCCCAGGUCAACCAAAGAGCUGCCGAACAGCAGUCUGCCUCUCCGAGGAAGAAAGGGUCAAAGGUGGGCUGGCCUAGAGCCAGGUAAAGGAGGAAGAUGAUGACAACGAAGAAUCGCGAGCAUCUGAACAAAGACAUCCUCGACGAGAGACAGAGAACCAGCCUAGGUCUGUCUCUCUAUGAGGAGAGUCCGCCUCAGGGCAGAGGACAUCAGGAGACCCCUGGCACAAGAGGGAUGGAGCUUCAAAACCUCCUGACAGAAAGAGGGCAAAAAAGAAGGAGUGAGAGAGUGGGAGAAAGAGAAGAACAAGAGAAGUCUCAUCUGCUGCUUCAGCCAAAGUUUUGGCCAGCUUGUCUACUUUUGAGAGGCUCAAAGGGGAGAGACUGAACGUUUCUGAAAUCUUGAGUUUUUCAGCACAUUGGAUUCUGGCUGGACUUUGCUGCUGCAGACUGACUCUGCAUCUCUAAUGCAUAACACAGUAUGGCUCAGCUUUACACUGUGUACCAAUGAUUUGAUUUCCCCACACUGGAAUGCUCUAUAGGAAUAAAAUACCACUAAUUACUAUUAUUAUUUUACAGAUGGCUCAUAUUAGCUUAUUAUACAAUGGCUACCUUUAUUAUGCAAUCUUUAUUCAGGUUGUGGCAGAAAUUUAAAUGACUAUAGUUGUGUCCUUUAUAAUGGAAUUUUGAAUUAGCAUUGAAUACUCACUAUUGCUGGAUUUCUAUUACCAUUCCAUAGAUAUUUUUCUAUUAGGCAACUUUCUCUGAAUCAGAGUAGAUUAUUUAGGCUUCAUCUCAUUUAGAGAUGAAAUUUAGCCAGUUUCAGAUUGUUACUGUUCCUCGGGACUUGAACUGCUAUAGAUAUUCAUCCUGAAUAGAGACUCUAAAUCCACAUGCUUAAAAAGCACCCUCCUCCCCAUCUAACUCUGCAAUAAUGCAAUGGACUUCACUGAGGGCCUUGCCCACAAUAAUCUAUUCUGUUUAGUUGUAAUCGAGGCUGGUGCUUGUAUCUUCCACUGCUAAUCUGUAGUGUCAGGGAGGCAAAGGUUGAGAUAGGAAACCAUUGCCCGUGCACCACAAUGAGUGUAUUGUAAAACGGUGAUAAACACUCGAUAGCCAACAAAUACUUUCUAGGGCUAAUUUACUUGGCAUCAUGUUCGCUUUCAGUUAAACAAUUAAGAAAGUUCUUCUAUUAUUUUUAUUAUCUUUUAAAGUUCUCUCCCGCUUUCCGAGUGCUUACUUUGGCAGCAGGCCCUUGGUGUUGACGGAAGUAUUCAUUGCAUAGCUACUGUAUAAUGUUUUGAUUGUUCAGAACGCCAAGCAACUUUCAAUGGCUCUGGUCAUGCCAAGAAAAUGCUGUAAUUGUUUUUUCCUCUGAAACAAACGGGGGGCUAAUGUCCUCGUGAUUAUCCAUUAGGAAAGAAAGACCUGGAACUUGGGUGGAAUGUGGCAGUGAAUUUGGCAUUCAACUCACUGAAUAUGCUCAUACCUUUCAAGGUGUGCCAUAGACAUGACGUGAGGUGGCAAUUUCUGGUCAAGUUCAAGGUCAGGAUCACUGUGCUGUUUAUCUAUUAUGUGUGUUUGUGUAUGGUUAUUUAUUUGUUUACUGUUCAACAAAACAGUCCUCAUCAAAAUGCUGGAUUGUUCUUCCAUUGUGACUUGUCACAGGAAGGACAACUUUAUAUUUUUUUUGUGAGAAUAUCAGGAAUACUUGAAUGUACUUGAGUCCACUGAACUGACAUAUUUACAUUUCUCUGUCUUAUUUAUUUAAUUUAUUGGAAUUUCGUACAUAUAUUUAUAUUUUAGAGACAACUUUGUAUAUGCCUGUUUCAAAUGGAAAUGAAAUAAAUUAUU